AUGGCGAGUCAGGGAAAAAGACCAGCUGACGACCCAUUGCAAUCAACAACGCAGAACCUAAUUCCUCCAUCAGCGAAACGGCGUGUAGAACGAAGCGUAGCCGGAUACGAAGAGUUCAUUAAGAAUGACAGCGAAGACUCCUAUCGUCAUGACCCAGCAGGGGACGCGCCCCCCGAACUACCCAUCUACCAUAGCGAGUUUCUAAGAGCCGCGAGUGCUUGCUUGAAAAUGCUACCUGACUUCCUUGUCGCGGCAAAGGCGGACAAAAACCCACAAUUGACCACAGUACUGAAGCCUGAAAUUAUCCGCAUGCUUGAGACUUUUAAGAGCAUGCCGGAGUCUGUAGCGGUUGGUGCAACUGGCGUCGCUGGAACUCGCGUUCCGAUCGUUUACUCACCACGUCCGGCCGACUCACAAAUACCUUACCAAGCAAAGAUUGAAGCGAUCGACCCGAGGGAAUGUCUAGGUUCUGUGCGCCAGCACCUCUGCAACAUCAUAGCGGGAUUUGAGGAACAUGGAGCAUCAUCCCCAUGGGCCAACGAUCAAGCAUCGGACAGCAUGAAAGUGCUCACGGGUCUAUUCCGUAGCCGUUCAGAGUUUACAUCAGAAGACGCCAUCCGUACUUUCCUGGGGUACACAACUGGUACGUCCAAACUACAGUCGCUUGAAAAACAAAGAAAUGCUCUCAGAGCUUGCAUCGAAUGGGCUGAGGAGCGGCGCCUGAAGAUCCCUGCCGUAUCCAAAAUCCAUACUACCAAUGUAAACGAACUUUGGCACAAGAUAGCACCAUUUGCGAACGACGAAAUCACAACCGGUAACACUGCGCUUGAUUUCAAUCCCACUCUAUUGGUAGGAAAGAUCGAGAUCUUUGGUGAUUUUCGAGUUCGUUGUUCAAUCGGCGACUGUCCCGGACUGGACGAUAUCAUUCAGGACCGUAAAACGAAAGCCGAGAGAUAUCUGGAAGAUUGUAAAGUGGUCAUAGCUGUUGAGGAAAUCACCCGGGCUGGUGACGAUGGCUUCCUAGAUUGGUUUCUCCAAGAUCGCUGCAAGAACAGGCCCGAUCAACGUAUCAUCGUUGUCCUGAGCAAAGGAGAUACCGGUCUCAAUUCUGCAGAUCGUACGAAAACGUCAUUCGAAGAACAUGAGAUAGCAGAUCUCGAUUGGUUAGCCAGACGAAAAGAGAUAGUUGGAAGAGCGAAAGGCAAUUACGAGCGGACACAUUUCGAAGAGAGGAAGCGCUAUGCUUGCGAGAUCGCAUAUAUCGAUCUUGAAGAGAGAGAAAUUCGCGCUCGAGAGCGCAGCCGACACAUCGAAGAUCGGCUGAGGUCCCGAUACGCAGGAAUAUCCGACAACUUCAUCGUCAGAACGACUUCCGCCAACGACUAUAUAAGGCAUGUCCAAGGUUAUAACCGAUACACAGCCAAUGAUCUUCCGCCAUCUGUCCAGUCGACACAAAUUCCAAGUCUGAUCAAAGACCUCGCUGACGUAGCAAACGACCGGGCUAAGGACCAUCUCAUGCGCCUUUGUGGACAAAUGCUGCCCGAGCUAUUUAGCUUGGUCGAGCUCGUUCGCAGCACCAUUGUCAGACGUUAUACUACUAUUAGAUACGGAGUGCACGAGAUAGUAGAGCAAUAG